AUGAAAUUUAGAAGACAGGCUGACCCUAUUGAAUUAUCAUUUUUAAUUGCUAAAAAAGAAGAUGAUGCAAAUGAUCGUAGUGAAGAAAAAUACAAGAAUGAAUAUGCAUCAUUUUUUACGAAAACACUGGUUCAAUUGAAUGAUAAACGAGAAGAAACAGUUAAAAUCGUUUUUCGCUUGGAAAGAAGAUUCUAUGACGAAAAUAAGGCUAGGUUUUUGAAUAAGAAAAAAACGAAAAAAAAUAAUGAAGUAAAGGAAUUAAAGAAGGGAAAUAUGCAAUCAUCUUUAUUAAUAAAAAGUUUCAUAUUAAUAAAUCCUAUAAUUCCUAUAAUAUCUGGAUUAUUAGUUGAAAAAUAUGGUGCAGGGACAUCAUUAUUUCCUAUAUAUUUAACAGGAAUUAUAUUUUUUGGUCAAUGUAUUUCUAUUAUUGCAGCACUUUCACAAUGGAAAUAUAUUGUUACUUUAGGAUUAUUUUUAUCUGGUCUUUGUAUAAAUCCUCUUGUUAUAGUUCAAGAAACACUUUUAAUCGAAAUAUUUCAAGAUAAUUUAGGUUUCUGUAUUUCAAUUCUGUUAAGUGUUGGAAAAUUGAUUUUUUUUAUUUCUUCUUUAUUAACAAACACAUUUGGUGGACAUUUAAUAUAUGGCAUAAAGAUACUUUUUAUUGUUUCUUGUGCUUUGUCACUCUUUUCUUUUUCAAUAUGUAUAGCCUACAGUCAAAUAAUGAAUAAAAAUAAGAAAGUUGUAUUCAUUACAUUUAAAGAAAAAAGUGUUUUUAAAAGCAUAGAAACGAUGCCAAUUUAUUUUUGGUGGUAUUUACUAAUAUCUUUUUUAUCUAAUUGCAUUUGGACACCUUUUAUCUAUUUUCUACACAAAAUUGAACAUGUAAACUUUCUAAAAAAUAUUGCGGCAACUGAUAUUUCUUCUAUAGUUUUAUUGUUAUCAGUAGCUUUAUAUCCCAUAAUAGGCUGGUUCAAUGAUAAUUCUGGUCAUCGUCUUAGUAUGGAAAUAAUUGGAAAUGUUAUUAUGCAAUCUAUGGUACAUAUUAUAUUAAAUCUCAAUAAAAAGAAAGGCCUAACUAAUACUGACAUUAAUGCUGUUAUUAUGCUUUUCAGUAUUUUAAACAUGCUUUCAUUAGUAUUUCUUGCAGCAUUAUAUCGACAUGAUAACAUUUAUAACAAAAAAUAUAUUAAUCAUUGUCUUUAUAACUUAUUUCAUAAAAAGUCUAAGAUGAUGUAUCAAGACAUAAUAUUUAGAUCAAAAGAAAUUGCAUUAAAAUCGACUCGAACUUAUUUAGGAUUUAUUACUACAGGAUUGAUUUUAAGCUGGAUAUUAUAUAUUAAAAUAGUUUCGUAG